AUGGGUACCAAAUUGAUCGUUUUGCUGCUUCUGCUGAGCUUUUCCCUUCUACUCUUUGGCGCAAACUGCUACAAUGGAAACCCGGAAAAGGAGGGACGUCGAGAAGAAGAAGAAGAAGAAGAAGAAUCUCCAGAAGAGAGACUGUUCAAGUGCCUGAUGUCGUGCGAGAAGCAGAACGACAGAGAGCUGAGCCCUUGCGAAGAGAGAUGCGUCAGAGAGUAUCAGGAUACCAAGAGACAACAAGAGCCCGGCAGCCGCGAAAACCACCAUCAACCCGAAGAACAAUACAAGAGGUGCCAAAGCAAAUGCGCGAUACAAGAACACGGACAGCAAAGGCAAUAUUGCCAGCAAAAAUGCCAAUGGCAAUACGAGAAACAGAAAAGCGAACACGAAGGGCACGGAGGCGGAGAAGACGCGCUCAACUCCAAGAAGAAAUUUGACGGAAAAGAUGAUGGCGAUAAUCCGUACUUCUUCCACUCGAGAUUUGAGUCCAAGUACAAAACUAAACAUGGACACAUCAAAGUUCUUCAGAGGUUUUCCGACAAGUCGGAGCUCCUCAGAGGAGUCGAAAACUACCGUUUGGCCAUUCUCGAGGCAAAUCCCAAUACGUUCGUCCUUCCUCAUCAUUGUGAUGCCGAGUCAAUCCUUUUUGUUGUUGGAGGAAGAGGAACUAUAAGCUAUGUUUGGCAAAACAAGAGGUAUUCCUUCAACUUGAAGCGGGGCGAUGUAAUGAGGGUGCCUUCGGGUUCUCUCAUGUACUUGGUGAAUCAAGAUGACGACGAGCGGUUAUAUGUUUUGAAGCUCUUGCAGCCGGUGAAUACACCUGGCCGUGUUAAGGAAUACUUUGGUGUUGGGGCAGACUCAUUCUUCAGAAUCUUCAGCAGUGAGAUACUUGAAGCUGCCUUUAAUAGUCCAAGUGAGAGGCUGGAGAAGCUCUUCGGACAGCAAAAGCAAGGGGUGAUAAUCAAGGCCUCGAAAGAGCAAAUCAGAUCAUUGAGCCAAGAAUCCGAAUCCACCGGAGGAACAAGUGAGUUGGGUUCUUGGGGCCGCCCCUUUAGUCUUCUCCAUCAACAGCCCUUGUUCUCGAGUAAUUACGGGCAAUACUUUGAGGCCUCACCAAUUAAUCAUCGACAACUGAAAGAUUUGGAUGUAUCGGUCGGUUUCAUGCACAUCAAGAGUGGUGGGAUGGUGGCACCUUACUACAAUUCGAGGUCCACGAAGCUCGUGUUUGUGGUGGGAGGCAGCGGCCAAUACGAAAUGGCAUGCCCUCAUCUUUCGGAACAAAGCAAACACAAUUCACAAGGCGUACGUUAUGGAAGGGUUAGUGCCCGUUUAUCUAUAGGGGACGCCUUCGUCAUCCCGGCAGGUCAUCCAAUAGCCAUAGUGGCCUCCCAACACUCCAACUUGCAAUUAGCUAGUUUCGGGAUCAAGGGUUCCUUUGAUCAAAAACAUUUCUUAGCCGGACAAGAGAACAUAUGGAACGAGGUCGAGCCGGAGGCCAAGGAGCUGGCCUUCAAGAUGCCGGCACGAGAGGUUGAGGACAUAUUUAGAUCUCAAGAGGUGUCCUACUUUAUGCCUGGUCCAAGACAUCAUGAACAAAAAGGGAAAGGGCAAUAUGUGGCCUCUAUUUGGGGCUUUGUUGGCUUUUGA